UUUCCGCGUCGUGUUGCAGUGGAAAAUCAGAUAUGCACCCAAGAUGGCUACACGAUCUAGAUCGCGAGCUGCAGCAGAAGAGUGAAAAUUUGGCAGCCGAAUCUGCGGUCGCACGUUUAUUCCCAACAAAGAGAGGCCGAGCAGUGCGGCAUUUGUUUAACCCUGGCGACGUGUGGCGUCGAAGACACAUUGGUGCAGCAGGCAAAGGCGUGGCAUGGACUGUUGCAAUGCUUGGUUGCGAACAGUGGGCGUGUUCGCGAAUGAAGAGAGUGCAGAGAAAGCCAAGACAGGACAGAGGCUUGCCGAUCAGUGCCCCGCUUCCUCUGCGCCACAGCUGGAUAUUGGUCUCUCCCCCAGACGUCAUGCGCACAUGCAGUGAAUAUCGACUUGACCGGAUCCGUGAUGUAUCCUGAUUUUCCUCCAGCUGGCGCGCGCGCUUCUGUGCUCUGCCAUCGACAUCUCUCGAGCUGAAGCCGCGACGAGCCCUGCCAACAUGACGACUAAAAGUACCACCGACUUUGUCGAAUCAACCGAGCCUGUCGGAGGCAAGACCAAGGCCCAGAUCCUCACCGACGUCUUCUCUCUUGCGACCCAAUUCAGCACUUGUGUUGAAGCUUUCAACCUCAUUCAUCCUUCCAAGGACCACGACCAUGCGCAGAAGGUUGCGCUCGCAAAGCUCGGCCUUCAGCAGGGCAGGUUGCUGAUCUUUGGCGAUGCCGUGGGCAUCUCUGCGCCGCCCGCGACGAUUGCACGACACAUGAUCCCCAGCCAUCCUGGCAUCACAAACCCGGAUCCGCAUCUGCCAGUGAACUUUGGUGUCCGAGACCCGAGGCUUGACGACGAGGUUAUCAAUGCAAAGGUGCGCAGGGCGCUGCAUGAGAUCGCGGGUCGCCCUAGCACUAUGUCGCGAGAUGAACUGAUGAACGUAUACGGCCUAAAGAGUCCAAAGACGUUCUCGCGCCUAGAAUACCCAGCACUCGACACCAACCGACUAGAAGGCUUCCGCGAAAAGUUUGCCCUCCUCAAGGAUCUCCUCACACAGACGGGCGCGCGGGCGAGUCUGAAGCGCAACCUGAGCAUGACCACCUCCCAUUGGACCGUCAAGGACACCACGCGCUUCAGCGAGUAUGUCAAGGUUGUCCGCACCGAAGUCGAUGCGCUCAUUGAUCUCAUGGGCGUCAAGGAGCAGGUUGACCGUGGAAUCCGAUCCGAUCUCAAGAGCAUGGGCUGGCACCCUGACCUCACAGGGCCAGCAGUGCGGCAAGACUGGGAGAAAUUGCGUCUGAUCCGGGAAGCCUGCGUCGUCGAUUAUCCAGAGUACAUCGAUGUCAUCGACAAAGCCAUGUCGUACAUCACCGAAGAAGUCAAGGAAUCCAAUCUCGCUCGAAACCGCGCUGUACUGGGUCUUUCAGAAUCCAAUGUGGAUGCAGCAGGCGCGCGCCGCAAGUCAGACUACGAUGUCCGCUCCAUUCCGGCUCCUUCGCAAGCCAACGUCGCCGGACUCAAGCCCUCAAAACCAGAAGCGAAAUCCCACAUCCAGCUUGCUGCCGAACGCGCCCUGAACCCAAACGCUGGCAAAGAAAAGCGCCCGGGUUGGCUCUCGGCUUUCAAAUUCAAGUCGUGGUCCAAGAGCAGCAAAACCGUACACGACAAGCAGCGCUCAAACAGCGUUCCACAUACGCCGACCGUUGAUCCCCAGCGCUCCCUCUCAGCAGGCGAGGCGCCAAAUCCCACCUCGGAAGACUCCAACACCCUCCAAGCCGUGCGCUCCAAGUCCCUUAGCGCAAUCCCCAGCGACAGCACACCACAGCCUCCGCCGUCAAAUCUAGACUCUCGCGUCCGCAAGCUCAGUCUAGAUCACGGAGACAUGGUGGGUAUCCCGCCCAUCCAGGAGAAUGGCGGCGAAGUGACUAGUUUCCCGGCAAGAAGCGGGCUAGCUGAGUUCGACGGUGAUAUGGAUAAGAACGCGCUGGUGCAGGUGGACACAGCCAAGAGUGAGGGGAGCAAAGAUGAACUGGAGAACGUCAAGACGGUGAAUAGUUAUAUUGAUCGGCAUGAUAUGUAUCCAGCUAUAGGCCGCAUUGAAACUAAGGAUAUCAGAAAUGUUGCACAUACGCCGGGUCUUUGAGGCCUGGCGCGUGUGCUUACGAGGCCAGUCUAGCGAGAGACGAGGAGUAAUUUGUAAUCACUUAGUGCAUUUUGGGUUCAUAGGAUGAGAAG